GCCAGAGGGGAUUAGGUGAAUAUUAACAUAAGACAUUUUUUUAAGCAGCUGAUUCCAGAAUAAUUUGGAGUAGUUACAUUACAUAAAAAUGUGCUCAGUGGUUUCAAUGCCAUUCCCACUAAAUUUACAUUUUGUUUGCUGAUAGGUAGCUACUUAUUCAAAUUCAGUACGUACUGUCAGAGAUGCCAUUUCGGUGGCAGCCGACGUCAUUUCCCGGCCUCUUGACGACUGCUGAUGACGUCACUCUCCCGCGUCACGCCUGCAAAAUGGCGUCGGUAAAGAAAGGGAAAAAGGUGGUAAACCAGGAGGAAUUGCGGCGGUUAAUGCGAGAGAAGACGAUCUCAGCAGAGCGUCAGAAGCGCGUCGAGUCACCGUACGCGAAGUACAACAGUGCGGGUCAGUUGAGCUGCGCGCUGUGUAACGCGCCCGUCAAAUCCGCGCUGCUCUGGCAGACUCACGUGCUGGGAAAACAACACCGAGAUAAAGCUGCUGAAGUCAAGAGCAGAGAUCAAACCGCCCAAACAUCAGCAGCAGCAGCAGCCUUGAAGAGGAAAGCCAAACCAGAGCUCGCGACAGCACCCGCAAAACAAGCCAAACACGAGAACACUGCAGGUGCUGCAUCGGGACUUCAGGUGUCUGCGGGUCUGGGGCUCCUGGCAGGAAACUAUGAUGAUGGCGACGGAGAUAUGGACACGAGCAGUAAGCAUCCAGCUAAAGACGCAGCUGCUAAUCUUCCGGCAGAUUUCUUCGACAGCAGCGGUGGUGGCGUCCCAGCCACAGGUCCCAGUCACUCCGGCUCAGUAUCCAAAGCCUCUGAUGAUGAAGAAACUGCGCUGGAGAGGAAAGACAAAACAGUUGAAGCUUUACCAGAGGGUUUCUUCGAUGAUCCCGUGAGAGAUGCCAAAGUUCGUAACGUGGACACACCGAAGGAUCAAAUGGACAGAGAGUGGGAGGAGUUUCAGAAAGAGAUGCGACAGGUGAACAGCGCAUCGGACGCUAUCGUUGCUGAAGAUGAUGAGGAGGGACGCUUGGAGCGACAGAUCGACGAGAUCGAUGAGCAGAUCCAAUGUUAUCGGCGAGUGGAGCUUUUACGGGCUAAACAAGAGGUUGUAAAGGAGACCCUGGUGAAGAAACGGAAAGAUCAGAGAAACCAAACGCAUUCAUCCGGCAGCGAUGAGGAAGAUGAUGAUGAAGAACUGAUGCACGUGUUGACACAAGACUGGAGGGCCAAAGGAGCUCUCGCUUGACACCGCUUGCAAACAUGACCCACGUUAUCAGAUGUGCUGUGAUUUUUCUUAUGUCCUUUGAAGGCAACUGUUCAGUAAAUCGUGUUGUGCAUUGUGUAAUUUAAGACUCAACAACAACACGUCAUUUUAGGCAUUUUCUCCAUUUUACACACACCUCUGGUUUUGUACAUUCAAAGCACUUCACGUUUCAUUUGUCUUUCAUUUCAGACAAACCACGUUCAGUUACUGGAGCGUUCCCUGGGGCCAGAAUGUAGACCCUCUUUACCAUCUCUGUAAAUAAAGGCUAAUGAUACUCUAUAACAAGUGCAGCUUCACAGCAGUUGAGUUGAGAAAUGUUUAUUAAGGUUCUGCUGAAACUUAUCAAUCUGAAUCCAAAUAGAUCUUGAAGUUGGUGCAGUUGGACAUCUUGCCUUUUUACUUCUACACAGGAGUAGACCCGGCAAACCUGUGUGUUCAGGUUAUCAUCUUGCUUUUGUGCAGGGGUUUUAAAACAAUGUUGAAUACAUCACCCUGAUCCCAUAGUUCUUCAGAUGAGCAGAGCUGUAGAAACUGCCCAAACAGCAUUUUUAAUACAACUAUUUACAAACAUUUCAUCAUAUUUUCAGUGUGUUAAUAAAUAAUAUUCAUUUGAACUUGUUUAAGAAGCAGCCAUGAAUCAUACAACUGAGCUGUAUUGUCCUGCAGUAUCAGACGCAUGCUCCUGUCAUGAUGUUUAUAAUGAUGAACCUGAUGACGGAUUUCAAUAAUGUACAGUGAGAACUGACAGUUAGGGUUAGGGUCAGAAACAUAAGAUUUCAUAAUGAAAUACUUGCAUCAACAAAGUUUCUUUUUUGGCAUUAAAACAAGUCUUGAAUACUUUAGUUUUGAAAUGAAUACUUUUAUUUUUUGUUUUUAAAAAGACCUUAUUCAAAUCUAAUUAGUGUAACAGUCUAAAAAUGUCAAUAAUUUCUUAAAAAAAGAGAAACCAUGAUGCUGAAGCAAGUUUUUAUUCAUCAUACAUCCAACUAGACAUUAACGAAGUACUGUAUACUUUUAUAGAAAAAAAACUCGUUUUUUUUCACAUUUUCACCAGUCCGAGGUUUUUAAUAGGAAUACUCCAAAAAAGAUACGGGGCCUUCCUUAGAGAAGAGGAAGAGUAACUUGGAGUAGUGUUUGGUUCUCAGAGAUUGUAAACAUUUGACUGAGCUCCACUCUAAACUACUUUCACUUUCAUCACAGUCCUACAGCUGGUAAUAAGAAUUCAGCUACACACAUUCUAAGAGAACCAACGGUCAAAUAACAGCUUCCAUGACUUUUACACAGAACAGCCGAUGUUAUAUACUGAUAUUGUGUGUGCCAUACCUCUAAAACACUUUUUAUGAAACGUCCUUUGAAGUCCUGCUUGCAAAUGUCUCCUGGUCAAUCUGCUCGUUUUAUUAUCCAACUCGGGGAUAAUAUAAAAAGGCAAAACUAACGCUUCUGUUAUUAGUGUUAAUACAAUAUAUCAUAUCCCUCGCCAUAGUAGAAAAACCAGGGGAGUCCUUGCCAUAGUAGGUAUAAAUACGAUCUCUAACAGAGAUUGACGUUUGAACAUGCACUAGGGUCCGUGUAUCUUUUGGUCAUUUGUUUUUUUAUAGUUUGAAAUGGAACAAAUGGGAAUGAGAAAACAAUCAGGGUAUCUACCGUUCAUUCCAUAUCCGUUUUCAAAUAAAAAACGGAAAAUGGAAAAACUUUACACAAACUUAACACAAACUAAAAAAGGAAAAACGUUUGUUAAAAAAGUAGAAAUAUUAACUUUUUCUAUAUUUUGUUUAAACUGGGAAAAUUAAAUAAUGAAUAUAUGAAAUAAUUAAUAAUACCUGUUUUUUUCAACCUUGAGCUACAGUACGUUGUUUUGCAAACAGUUUUUUUUUUGCAAAUGUCACCAACAUGGGGAGCAAAGACGCUGCAAAGCAGCUACAGUCAUUCAGGUCAAAUUACACAAACUAUUGUGGCUUUUAGCAGGACAUGCAGACGUGAUCUUUAGCAAGGGAAGAGUUAAUAGCCAUAUUUAAGAACUUAAAAACAUAUUUCUGAAAUGGACAGCUCUGUACAUGACCGCAGUAAAUACAUAAAUUGCGUAUAUAUGUAUACGCAAUGUAUAUAGUAAUGUAUAUAGCUUGCGCUUUGCCAGACUUACGUUCCUUGCUCUUUAUUACUCGCGGGAAUAGUACGUUAUUUUCGCACAAGGCAAAUUUCUCACCCGAGUUUUUAUUCUUUCAACUUGCACGGAAGACGCAAUUUACGCACGUUCGUAGCCCGUUUCUGGCCGCGAGUUUGCAUCUAUUACUCUGCACUGAGUUUGUAUGUAAUUUACUCGCACAAAUAACUUAAUUCGCACAAUAUAGAGGUUCAAAUUAUAGGUUACAAUUGCUUAUUUCCACUCUACUGGUAACACUAAUGCGUGCUGUAUUUUACUGCUUUCAACUAAGUGAACUGAAAAGUGUGUGGCACUUGCCAUUUAUUUAAGAAAACCCAAAACAGCAUUUGCGCAGAGGUAGACAAAAUGUAUAAACACAAUUUCUCAUUAACCCUUAUCUAAAUAAUAAUAACAAUCAAAUAUUCGUUUUAUGAGCUCUAAUAUUCAAAUACAGUAGCCUAUUAUUGAGAAAACAAUUCGUUUUAUUACAUUUGCAAUAUUAUUUUCAAACAAUGAGAAGGUGUCAUGGUUCUGCCCCACCUUGUCUUGCCUUCUUGACCUAGUGGCAGAACCAUGACAGAACCUCUUGUUUUAUGUGGAGAGAGUCAGUUUUGGCAUUCCAUAUACUCCCUCUCUCCGGUGUGGCGUCUUUGUUCCCGCCCUUUCGUCUCGUUAUUGCUUGUUAAUUAGUUCAUGUGCCGCACCUGUCCCCUUGAUUUAGUCCCCUUUAUAUAGUCCUCUUGUUUCAUUGUCCUGUAUGUGCUGGUUCAUUGUCGUUUGUCUGGUGAGUGCCUGUGCUUUGUUAGUCUAGUUCAGGUUAGUUAUUUGUAUACUAUGUCAAGUGUUAAUUUUAGUCUUGUGUAGAUGUAGUCAGUUUUAGUCCUGUCGUGUUUUCGUAUUCCCAUGUUUUGUUAUGUUCCCCCACGUGGGUCUUUGUUUUGUAUUUAUAUUUUAUUAAAUGUCUUGUUAACCCCU